AACCCGGAAGUGUGAGAGGCGAAAUCUGCCUAGCAACCGGGGAAGCCGGGCUGUGAAGCGGGCAAUUUCAGUGUGAGAAGGAGCCGCGAGACCGAGCGGUGGCUCCUAGCGCCGCGCGGCAGCUCCUCCCGCCCGGGGUCAGCGCCCCGACGCGCGCACGCGCACCCCUGCCGCCCGCGUCGUCGGUCGGUCGGUCGUUGGUCGUCCUGUCGCCGCCGCCGCCGCCGCCGCGGGCGCCACCUGAGGGAGCCGCCACGACAGUCCCAGGGCCCCGGGGACGGCGACGGGGACGCCGCGCAACUUGGUUGGUCAGUGCAUUGGUGCGAGUUGCCUUUUGACGUAUCUGCAGCCAUGGCCCACUGCUAAGACUUGAGUGUCCUGUACCCCACGGGCAGUCCAGAAUGACCGAAGAAGCAUGCCGAACCCGGAGCCAGAAGCGAGCCCUUGAGCCUGACCCAACAGAGGACGAUGCAGAGAGCAAGAAAAUAAAAAUGGAGAGAGUACUGUCAGCUUCAGACCUCAACACCGAGGGGGACAAAAGGGUGACACCAGAGCUGGGAGCAGGCCCGGCCCAAGGACUGCUGGGGGCAGCGGAGGCUACAGCCGCGGCCAUGGGCAGAGGUGAAGGGCUGCUGGCCGACAGGCCCGUGGACAUGCGCACCUCCCACAGCGACAUGAAGUCCGAGAGGAGGCCUCCCUCCCCCGACGUAAUCGUGCUCUCCGACAAUGAGCAACCCUCCAGCCCUCGGGUGAACGGGCUGAGCAAGGUGGCCUUGAAGGAGACCAGCACGGAAGCCCUCAUGAAGAGUAGUCCCGAAGAACGGGAAAGGAUGAUCAAGCAACUGAAAGAAGAGUUACGAUUAGAAGAAGCAAAACUCGUUCUGUUGAAAAAGCUGCGGCAGAGUCAGAUACAAAAGGAAGCCACUGCCCAGAAGCCUGCGGGCUCUGCCGGAAGUGCUGUAACCACGCCGCCCCCACUGGUGCGGGGCACCCAGAACCUUCCUGCUGGCAAGACAUCACUUCAGACCUCCUCCGCCCGAAUGCCUGGCAGCGUCAUUCCACCGCCCCUGGUCCGUGGUGGGCAGCAGGUGUCCUCCAAGCUGGGGCCACAGGGCAGUGCGCAGGUUGUCAUGCCCCCGCUCGUCAGGGGGGCCCAGCAGAUCCACAACAUCAGACAACAUUCCAGCACUGGGCCCCCGCCGCUCCUCCUGGCGCCCCGCGCCUCCGUGCCCAGUGUGCAGAUUCAGGGACAGAGAAUCAUCCAGCAGGGACUCAUCCGUGUCGCCAACGUCCCCAGCGCCAGUCUGCUUGUCAACAUCCCACAGGCCACCCCAGCAUCUCUGAAGGGGACAACGGCCGCCUCUGCUCAGGCCAACUCCACACCCACCAGCGUGGCCUCUGUAGUCUCCUCUGCUGAGUCUCCAGCCAGCCGGCAGGCAGCCGCUAAGCUUGCCCUGCGCAAGCAGCUGGAGAAGACGCUGCUGGAGAUCCCCCCCCCCAAGCCCCCUGCCCCAGAGAUGAACUUCCUGCCCAGCGCUGCCAACAAUGAGUUCAUCUACCUGGUUGGCCUGGAGGAGGUGGUGCAGAACCUGCUGGAGACACAAGCGGGCAGGAUGUCAGCAGCAGCCGCCGCCGCUGCUGCCGCACUGGCCCGAGAGCCCUACAUGUGUGCACAGUGCAAGACAGACUUCACCUGCCGCUGGCGCGAGGAGAAGGGCGGUGCCAUCAUGUGCGAGAACUGCAUGACGUCCAACCAGAAGAAGGCGCUCAAAGUGGAGCACACGAGCCGCCUGAAGGCCGCCUUCGUGAAGGCGCUGCAGCAGGAGCAGGAGAUUGAGCAGCGCCUGCUGCAGCAGGGCCCAGCACCUGCCACAGCCAAGGCCGAGCCCACCGCCCCGCACCCCUCACUGAAGCAGGUCAUAAAGCCCCGGCGGAAGCUGGCGUUCCGCUCAGGAGAGGCGCGCGACUGGAGUAACGGGGCUGUGCUACAGGCCUCCAGCCAGCUGUCCCGGGGCUCAUCCACGCCCCGAGGCGUCCUGCACACGUUCAGCCAGUCUCCCAAACUGCAGAACACAGCCUCGGCUACGGCGCUGGUCAGCAGGCCUGGCAGACAUUCAGAGAGAGCCGCGGGCACCAAGGGUGGCACCGCCACCAACUGGAAGAAGACGCCUUUGAGCACAGGUGGGACCCUCGCUUUUGUCAGCCCCAGCCUGGCUGUGCACAAGACUUCCUCGGCCGUGGACCGCCAGCGGGAGUACCUCCUGGACAUGAUCCCGCCGCGCUCCAUCCCCCAGUCGGCCUCGUGGAAAUAGUGCGAGCCCGGCCCACUCUGCCCGGCCCACUCUGCCCGGCCCACUCUGCCUGGCCCGGCCCGGCCCGCGCGGCUGCCAAAGACUCGAAGACGCACGUGUGCCUGCCAAUGGCAGCAGACCCCGUGCCGGCUGCAGUCUGGUCGCAAGGGGCCGCACCAGUGGACAAGGGU